AUGACCUUUUCGGAUGCACUGCUUCCUUACGGUCCCUUUGCGCCGCAUUACGUCGCGAGGCAGUAUGUCGAAAACUACUUUGCUCUGCAUCAAACGGACACGCUGCUCCAAACGAACACAGCUGUUGAAGACGUCGCGAGGUCGCCCGCCACAAAGCACAAUGGGCAAGGCGAGUGGAAAUUGACGCUGAGAAGAUACGAUGCGGCUCGCCAGGUCGACGAGUGGUGGGAAGAAUUCUUCGAUGCCGUGAUACUUGCCAAUGGCCACUAUGCCGUUCCAUAUGUACCCAAGGUGAAUGGGCUUGAGCAAUAUAUGGAAAAGUACCCGGGCCGAGUGUGCCACUCCAAGCGAUAUCGCAGUCCAAAGCUCUACACCGGCCAGCGCGUCUUGGUUAUCGGCAAUUCUGUCUCGGGUAGAGAGCUGAGCGAUGAGCUUGUCGGCGUCGCCAAAGACAGCGUCUUGGUGUCGCGCAGAAGCCCGGCAUUUUGGGAGGGCGACGAGCCGCCGCCCGGCAUCGAGUGGAAGCCCAUCGUGUCCGAGUACAAGGAAGACGGCACCAUUCUCUUUGCCGAUGGCACGGCCUUAACGGGCAUUGAUGCCAUCAUAUACUGCACCGGCUACAAGCCCUCCUUUCCAUUUUGGAACGAAGAAGCCAACGGUGGCCCGCUGUUUGACUACCAAUCCAACAAGCUCGUGGGCAGCUACCAGCACGUCUUCUUUCGCGACUUUCCCACCCUCGGUGCCGUUGGGUUCCCGAGGACGCUCACGUUCCGCAGCUUCGAGUACCAGGCUAUUGCCCUCGCGCGGCUGUGGUCCGGCCGCAACGCCAGGUCGCUGCCCUCGCCUCAGCGGCAGCAGCAGUGGGAGGCGGAGCGAGCGGAGCGCACCCAGGCGCAGCGUAAGUACUUCCACGACGUGCCAUGGGGCGCCGAGACGAACGACUACCUGCGGGAACUGUUCAACUUUGCGGGGCUCUCUACGCUGGCGGGCGAUGGGUUGCUGCCGCCGCCGCUGACGAGAAAGAUGGUAUGGGAAUACGAGCAUGUGCUCAAGUGGAAACUGCCAAAAGGGAAAGGGCCACACGGAGGCAAUGAUGGACUUGAAGAAGAUACUAUGAUGCAGUUGCAACUAGUUGUCCCAAAAGCUGAUCCAAAUUCCAAGGCGCAAGGAAUUCACGUUGAGGAAGGCAGAGGCUGGGUCGUCGUCUUUCAGGCUGAGGGAACCAACUCGGCGAAUGCAGCUUAA